AUGGCUUUCUCAUGCUCAAACCUUCCCAUUCAAAAGCUAUUUUCAUCCAAAUUUGUUUUACUCAUCUUCACCACUUUCUAUCUCUCGCUAGCAGCAACAAAAGCUAACUCACAAAAAACAGUUUCCUUCAACGUCACUGAUGGGAAAAACCGAUGGCCAAAAUCUGAUUUUAUUUUCCAAGGCGAUGCCUUGAUUUUUCCCGAUGGAGUGUUGUCACUGACCGAUGUUGCCUAUACUAGUAUAGGUCGUGUAUUGUACUCAACUCCAGUUCCCAUUUGGGACAGAACCACCGGCAACGUUGCCAAUUUUGUCACUUCUUUUACUUUUGAGAUUUACACCUGGCCAGGUAUUCAGCCUGGUGAUGGAUUGAUUUUCUUUCUUACCGAUCCAGCAAACAAGAAAAUUCCUGCCAACUCGGGUCAAGGACUUUUAGGAGUUGCAGAUGCAAAGAAUAGUUUGAAUAAUUUUAUUGGUGUAGAGUUUGACAAUUAUGUUGAUACAUGGGAUCCCAAAUUUACACAUAUUGGAAUUGAUCUCAACUCAAUAUAUUCAACGAAAUGCACGGAAUGGAAGCUUGUGCCAGCUUAUUUGGUUAAAGUUGAAAUAGCAUAUGACUCUCCUACAAGUACCAUGACUGUUGUUGUCACCGACGAAUUUGGUAAUACCUCCAAACUUUCUCAAAUAUUUGAUUUGAAGUGUGUGCUCUCAGACACGGUUUUGGUUGGUAUUUCUGGUUCUUCAAGAAUUGCUCAAGCACAUGAUAUCCAUUCAUGGUCUUUCAGUUCAACCUUGGACACAACUGCAAGGAGCAGCUCAGACAGGACCAACAACAAUAAAGAAAGCUACGCAUGA